GUUAGCCUCACGACAGAUCUCAGUUAUUCGAACCACACUUUGCACCUCUUAGCUUUAUAUCAUAAUACUAUUGAUUAGCACUAAAAGCCUGACCGGAAAAAGCUGACUUUGGCUGGCUCCACCAUCUCGGACUGGUGAAAUUCCGGAGCCGAGCAUCAUUAUCUGGACUGACAAAGUCGUGCAGUCAGAAUUAAAAUCAGCUAACAAGAGCUAACUUACUCACUAAACUUAUAUAUUUCCCUCCUGCCCAAUCUUACCCGCACGGUCACGACAACUAAAGCUUCCUAAUUCUCUCAACGUUCAUUGAACAAGUUCUCCACCUUAUCACGAACACCAUUGACCUUCACAAAUCUCGACUCGCCCUUCCAUCAUAGUCUGAACAAAGCGCCUUGAUCAGUCAUACCCCCAAGACCAUACGCGGCUCUUCAUUUGCAAGUCACAAACAUGUCGCUCAACACCAUUCCCACUCGAGUCAUGGUCAUUUCAGAUACCCACGAGCAUUCUUUCGAUGGAAACACUCUUCCUGACGUGGAUGUUCUGAUUCACACAGGUGACCUGACCAAUUUUGGAGAGCUCGACUCACUUAGAGAAUGUGUUCGGAUGAUGGGAACUAUUAACGCAAAACUGAAGUUGGUCAUCGCCGGUAAUCACGACAUUUCGCUUGAUCAGACGCGUCGAGUCGAGAAUAUGACUGAUGAGGAGUACGCCGAGUACCAUGCGGCGGCUGUCGAAAUCAUGACUGGACCUGCAGCAAAGAGAGCGGGUAUCGUGUACCUCGAAGAAGGAACUUACAAAUUUGACAUCGAAAAUGGAGCCAGGAUGCAAGUUUAUGCAUCACCAUACAGUCCUGGGUCGGGUGGAUGGGCGUUCCCUUACAACCCUCGAGAAGACCGCUUCAACGAGCAUCCCGCUCAAAACCGAACUUCGAGCGCGACGGCUCCAAUUCCUACAGGUGUCGAUGUCAUAAUGACACAUGGCCCCCCUUUCUCUAUUCUUGAUCAAGUCGACAAUCAAAACCUUGGAUGCCAUAAUCUCCUCCGAGCCGUGGGUCGUGUCAGACCACUUCUGCAUUGCUUUGGCCAUAUUCACGAAGGCCAUGGCGCGAACAUUGUUACCUGGAAGCCGGACGGCAGUGUCAAAGAUCCGUCAUCAGCAACUCCUUUGGAGACAGAACAGAUCAACGAUUUUCCGUAUGCGAAUAAGUGGGCAAUCAUGCGAGGACAACAGACUCUUAUGGUCAACGCAGCUAUCAUGAUGAAUACGGCCAAAGGAAUGAAGCCGAACUACAAACCUUUCAUCGUCGAACUCGAACUGCCUCGCUGGUAGCAGAGAGACAAAUUACAAUUAAAGCCAGCGGCGCCAAAAAAAAAAACACGAUUGAUAUGCCUCAACCAAAAGAGUAGCUGGAAGGCUCCAACGGGCUGUCGAGAAGUGUAAAACAAGAGGAGUUUCUUAGAAAAGACCUCUUGGAGUUGUGAAGUAUCAAGAAUUCUCCACCGGAAGGCACUCAAUUAACUCUCAGUGGUUGUGUCGCCAGAGAACAUUUUGGGCAAAUGGCAGUCAAUAGGAACAUAAUCUUUGGUGAAUAAUAGGAGAAAUAUUGCAAUCGCUGAGGACCCAGACCAUCAAGAGGUACUGAGAACGUUCUAGAUAGUGAGUCUUCUUUGAUAUGGACUUCCACUCUGUACUACGUAAUAGGAACUAGGUAUAAUUCUACAAGGGAGGUUAAUUUUGAGUGGAAAAGGUUGCAUUCUAUUCGUGUGUUCUAGAGUAGGGGAGACCACUUAAGUAGAGUCAGUGCUCACGUGUUGUAAGCUAAGCCCAAAGUAGCAAGCUCCCCCCUCUCAUCACGUGGAUACUUUAUUCCCCUGUCAGUACGGGAAAUUCUU